CCCGGCCGGCCGCUCCGGUGCGCACCCGCCCUCUCCGGCCGGAGCCCGCGCCGCCUCCCAUACCUGAGCGGGGAGCGGCGCCGCGGCCUCCUCCCCCACCGUCGCCUCCUGCCCGGCCUCAGCUGCGCCGCCGCCGCGGGAGUAAAGGUCGCGCCGGCAGAGAGCGAGCUGUCGCGGCGCCUCCAGGAAGCCGGUGGGGCAGGUCGGGGAAAAACGGACGAGAACCAAACUCUCAGCCCGCCCGGGAAGAUGGCGCUGGGCGCGCCGGCCGCGGACUGAGCGCCGCCGAGGCGGCGAGGGGCCCGGACCCACCGCCCACUGGGGUACGAGUGAGGGCCCUCCGCCGGGUGCGGCUUCCGGGGCUCGGGCCCGGCCCGCAGGGUCAUGUCGGUCAGCGAGCUCUACAGCCAGUACACAAGGGUCUGGAUCCCUGACCUGGAUGAAGUGUGGCGCUCAGCCGAAUUAACCAAGGACUACAAGGAGGGAGAAAAGAGCCUCCAGCUCAGACUGGAAGAUGAGACUAUUCGGGAAUACCCCAUUGAUGUCCAAAGCAACCAACUGCCUUUCUUGCGGAAUCCAGAUAUCUUGGUUGGAGAAAAUGACCUGACUGCCCUUAGCUAUCUACACGAGCCUGCAGUUCUGCAUAAUUUAAAGGUCCGUUUCCUGGAGUCGAACCAUAUCUACACUUACUGUGGAAUCGUGCUUGUUGCCAUUAAUCCUUACGAACAGUUGCCAAUCUAUGGUCAAGAUGUUAUCUAUGCCUACAGCGGCCAAAACAUGGGGGAUAUGGACCCCCACAUCUUUGCGGUGGCAGAUGAAGCCUACAAGCAGAUGGCCAGAGAUGAGAAGAACCAAUCCAUCAUAGUCAGCGGGGAGUCUGGAGCUGGCAAGACCGUGUCAGCCAAGUAUGCCAUUCGCUAUUUUGCCACAGUUGGUGGCUCAGCCAGUGACACCAACAUCGAAGAGAAGGUCUUGGCAUCCAGUCCCAUCAUGGAGGCCAUUGGAAAUGCCAAAACCACUCGUAAUGACAAUAGCAGCCGUUUUGGAAAGUAUAUCCAGAUUGGUUUUGACAAAAGUCACCACAUCAUUGGGGCCAACGUGAGGACCUACCUGUUGGAGAAGUCCAGAGUGGCCUUUCAGGCAGAGGAUGAGAGGAAUUACCACAUCUUCUAUCAGCUCUGUGCUGCUGCCAGCCUUCCCGAAUUCAAGGAGCUCUCGCUAACAUGUGCGGAGGACUUUUUCUAUACGUCACAAGGAGGAGACACAUCCAUCGAGGGCAUGGAUGAUGCUAAGGACUUUGAGAAGACUCGACAAGCCUUCACACUCCUUGGAGUGAGAGAGUCCCAUCAGAUAAGCAUUUUUAAGAUAAUUGCUUCUAUCCUGCACCUUGGAAAUGUGGAGAUUCAAGCUGAGCGUGAUGGUGAUUCCUGUGGUAUAUCACCCCAGGAUGAGCACCUCAACAACUUCUGCCGACUGCUGGGGGUGGAGCACAGUCAGAUGGAGCACUGGCUCUGCCAUCGUAAGCUGGUCACCACCUCGGAGACCUACGUCAAGACCAUGUCCCUGCAGCAGGUGAUCAACGCACGCAACGCCCUGGCCAAGCACAUCUACGCCCAGCUGUUCGGCUGGAUUGUGGAGCAUAUCAACAAGGCCCUGCACACCUCUCUCAAGCAGCACUCCUUCAUUGGGGUCCUGGACAUCUACGGGUUUGAGACAUUUGAGGUCAACAGCUUUGAGCAGUUCUGUAUCAACUAUGCGAAUGAGAAGCUCCAGCAGCAGUUCAACUCGCAUGUUUUCAAACUAGAGCAAGAAGAAUACAUGAAGGAGCAGAUACCUUGGACCUUGAUUGAUUUUUAUGAUAACCAACCUUGUAUCGAUCUCAUAGAGGCGAAGCUGGGCAUCUUGGACCUGUUGGAUGAAGAAUGUAAGGUCCCCAAGGGGACUGAUCAGAACUGGGCUCAGAAGCUCUACGACCGGCACUCCGGCAGCCAGCACUUCCAGAAGCCUCGGAUGUCCAACACAGCCUUCAUUGUCGUCCACUUUGCAGACAAGGUGGAGUACCUGUCGGAUGGUUUUCUGGAGAAGAACAGAGACACGGUCUAUGAAGAGCAGAUCAACAUCCUGAAGGCCAGCAAGUUCCCACUAGUGGCUGACCUGUUUCAUGAUGACAGAGACCCUGUCCCUGCCACCACCACACCCGGGAAGGGCUCAUCUUCAAAGAUCCACGUUCGCUCUGCCAGGCCCCUGCUGAAAGCGCCCAACAAGGAGCACAAGAAAACCGUGGGCCACCAGUUCCGCACCUCCCUGCACCUGCUCAUGGAGACCCUGAACGCCACGACGCCACACUACGUGCGCUGCAUCAAGCCCAACGACGAGAAGCUCCCCUUCCACUUUGACCCAAAGAGAGCAGUGCAGCAGCUCAGAGCAUGUGGGGUGUUGGAGACCAUACGCAUCAGUGCCGCCGGCUACCCAUCCAGGUGGGCCUACCACGAUUUCUUCCAUCGGUAUCGAGUGCUGGUCAAGAAGAGCGAGCUCGCCAACACAGACAAAAAAGCCAUCUGCAAGUCUGUCCUGGAGCGCCUCAUCAAGGAUCCUGACAAGUUCCAGUUUGGCCGCACCAAGAUCUUCUUCAGGGCAGGCCAGGUGGCCUACCUGGAGAAGCUUCGGGCUGACAAGUUCCGGGCAGCCACCAUCAUGAUCCAGAAAACUGUCCGGGGCUGGCUGCAGAAGGUGAAAUACCGGAGACUGAAGAGAGCUACCUUAACUCUGCAGAGGUGCUGCCGAGGACACCUGGCCCGCAGGCUGGCCGAGCAUCUGCGGAGGACCCGGGCAGCGGUGGUGCUCCAGAAGCAGUACCGAAUGCAGAGGGCCCGCCUGGCCUACCAGAGGGUCCGCAGGGCUGUCCUUAUCAUCCAGGCCUUUGCUCGGGGCCUGUUCGUGCGGAGAAUCUACCAGCAGGUCCUCGCUGAGCACAAGGCCACCAUCAUCCAGAAGCACGUACGGGGCUGCCUGGCACGCAGACACUUCCAGCAGCUGCGGGGCGCAGCCAUUGUCAUCCAGUGUGCCUUCCGGAUGUUCAAAGCCAAGCAGGAGCUAAAGGCCCUCAAGAUCGAGGCCCGAUCCGCAGAGCACCUGAAACGCCUCAAUGUGGGCAUGGAGAACAAGGUGGUCCAGCUGCAGCGGAAGAUCGAUGACCAGAACAAAGAAUUCAAGACACUGUCAGAGCAGUUGUCGACAGUCACCAAUGCGUACGCCAUGGAGGUGGAGAAGCUGAAGGAGGAGCUGGCCCACUGCCAGCAGAGCCAAGAUGGGGGUAGCAGCCCAAGGCUGCAGGAAGAGGUCGAGAGCCUGCAGACUGAGCUGCAGAGGGCCCACUCAGAGCGCAAGGUCCUGGAGGAUGCCCACGCCAGGGAGACAGAUGAGCUGAGAAAGCGAGUUGCAGACCUGGAGCAAGAAAAUGCUCUCUUGAAAGAUGAGAAAGAGCAGCUUAACAACCAAAUCCUGUGCCAGUCGAAGGGUGACUUUGCCCAGAGCUCUGCCAAGGAAGAUCAGAGGGCGCAGGAGCUGGAGGAGGAACGCUCCCGUUACCAGAACCUCGUGAAGGAAUAUUCUCGGUUGGAGCAGAGAUACGACAACCUUCGCGACGAGCUGACCAUCAUAAAGCAAACCCCAGGCCACAGGCGGAACCCAUCAAACCAAAGUAGCUUAGAAUCGGACUCCAAUUACCCCUCCAUCUCCACAUCUGAGGUCGGAGACACUGAAGAUGCUCUCCAACAGGUGGAGGAAAUUGGUCUGGAGAAAGCAGCCAUGGACAUGACAGUCUUCCUGAAGCUGCAGAAGCGAGUGCGAGAGCUUGAGCAGGAGAGGAAGAAGCUGCAGGUGCAGCUGGAGAAGAGGGAGCAGCAGGACAGCAAGAAGGCACAGGAGGAACAACCAAAAAAUGACCUAGAUUUGGACCAGGAUGCCGAUCUAGCCUACAAUAGUCUGAAGAGGCAAGAGCUGGAGUCAGAGAACAAGAAGCUGAAGAAUGAUCUGAAUGAACUGAGGAAAGCUGUGGCCGACCAAGCCGCAGAGAGCAGCUCCACCCAUGGCUCCCCGGACAGCUACAGCCUGCUGCUGAACCAGCUCAAGCUGGCCAACGAGGAGCUUGAGGUUCGCAAGGAGGAGGUGCUCAUCCUGAGGACCCAGAUAGUCAGCGCUGACCAACGCCGGCUUGCUGGAAAGAGCACGGAGCCGAACAUCAAUGCCAGGACAAGUUGGCCUAACAGUGAAAAGCACGUAGAUCAGGAAGAUGCCAUUGAGGCCUACCAUGGGGUCUGCCAGACAAACAGCAAGACUGAGGACUGGGGCUAUUUGAAUGAAGAUGGAGAACUCGGCUUGGCCUACCAAGGCCUAAAGCAAGUUGCCAGGUUGCUGGAGGCCCAGCUGCAGGCCCAGAGCCGUGAGCAUGAGGAAGAGGUGGAAGGUCUCAAGGCCCAGGUGGAGACCCUGAAGGAGGAGCUGGAGAAGCAGCAGCAGACCUUCUGCCAGACGCUGCUGCUCUCCCCGGAGGCCCAGGUGGAAUUUGGCGUCCAGCAGGAGAUAUCCCGGCUGACCAAUGAGAACCUGGACCUUAAAGAACUGGUAGAAAAGCUGGAAAAAAAUGAGAGGAAGCUCAAAAAACAACUGAAGAUUUACAUGAAGAAAGUCCAGGACCUAGAAGCUGCCCAGGCAUUGGCUCAAAGUGAGAAGAAGCGCCAUGAGCUCAACAGGCAGGUCACCGUCCAGCGGAAAGAGAAGGACUUCCAGGGCAUGCUGGAGUACCACAAGGAAGAUGAAGCCCUCCUCAUCCGGAACCUGGUGACAGACCUGAAGCCCCAGAUGCUGGCAGGCACGGUGCCCUGUCUUCCUGCUUACAUCCUCUACAUGUGCAUCAGGCACGCAGAUUACAUCAACAAUGACCUCAAGGUGCACUCUUUGCUGACCUCCACCAUCAAUGGCAUUAAGAAAGUCCUGAAGAAGCACAAUGAUGACUUUGAGAUGACAUCGUUCUGGUUAUCCAAUACCUGCCGCCUCCUGCAUUGUUUGAAGCAGUAUAGCGGGGAUGAGGGCUUCAUGACUCAGAACACGGCCAAGCAGAACGAACACUGUCUUAAGAACUUUGACCUCACUGAAUACCGUCAGGUGCUGAGUGACCUCUCCAUUCAGAUCUACCAGCAGCUCAUUAAAAUCUCUGAGGGCACGUUGCAGCCUAUGAUAGUUUCUGCCAUGUUGGAAAAUGAGAGCAUUCAAGGUCUAUCUGGUAUGAAGCCAACGGGCUACCGGAAGCGCUCCUCCAGCAUGGUGGACGGGGAUAACUCGUACUGCCUGGAAGCUGUCAUCCGCCAGAUGAAUUCCUUUCACACAGUCAUGUGUGACCAGGGCCUGGACCCCGAGAUCAUCCUGCAGGUGUUCAAACAGCUCUUCUACAUGAUCAAUGCGGUGACUCUCAACAAUCUGCUCCUACGGAAGGACGUCUGCUCGUGGAGCACAGGCAUGCAGCUCCGGUACAAUAUUAGUCAACUUGAGGAGUGGCUUCGGGGAAGAAACCUUCACCAGAGUGGAGCAGUUCAGACCAUGGAACCUCUGAUCCAAGCAGCCCAACUCCUGCAGUUAAAGAAGAAAACCCCAGAGGAUGCUGAGGCCAUCUGCUCUCUGUGCACCGCCCUCAGCACCCAGCAGAUUGUCAAAAUUUUAAACCUGUACACUCCCCUGAAUGAAUUUGAAGAACGGGUAACAGUGGCCUUUAUACGAACUAUCCAGGCACAACUGCAGGAGCGAAAUGACCCUCAGCAGCUGCUUUUAGACUUCAAGCACAUGUUUCCUGUUUUGUUUCCAUUUAAUCCAUCAUCUUUGACCAUGGACUCCAUCCACAUCCCGGCGUGUCUCAGUCUGGAGUUCCUCAAUGAAGUCUGAAAAGGCCCAUGUCCAACGUUGGCUCCAUUCCCAGUGAGAGCAAGAAGGAAGUAUAUACAGUAAAGUGAAUUUGAGGAUGUUAAAUCUUAAAAGUGGGUCAAAUCAGAGCUUGAGAACCUGUGCAGAGUGAACUAUACAGAAUAAGACACAUCUGUCAUUAUUUUUUGUACCUACUGCUCAGAAUAAAAGCACUUGAAAUAUGGAAGUUUUUUUUAAGUAGAUGAUUUUGAUCUAAACAAAUACACUUUAUAAUCUGCAGCACCAAGCAGUCCCCAUGGCCAUAUAAAAGGUGCCAGUCUAUAAAAUGGAAACUGCCUAGUUUUGAUCUUUGCAUCUGAGUGGAGAAUGUCCAAAGUGAAAUACUAAAAAUAUAUGUCACACAAAUUAGCUUCAGAGGACUUUUAACAAAUAGUGGUCCUAAUAACUAUGAUACUGUCCUGCAGUGGGUGACAUUUCCCCACACUGACAAACCAUAGGUAUAGUUGAGUUUGUGAGGAAAUGUUCUGAGAAGUUUCCCAAAGGUAUUUUUAAUGCCUGAUGGUGCAGAGACAAUGGUGUAAUUGAACUCCAGACCAAACAUUUUGAGUAUUUGUUUCUGAAGCAAAAUUAGAAGGCUCAGUCCCUAACGUGCUCAAACCUUUUUGAGUCGUGUUGGGUUUAUGGAAGAGUUACGCCAAAAAUGCUGCUGUCCCAAACUUAAAAUGUGAGCAAGAUGGAUAUUUUUUGCACAUAUCCAUGCACUUAAGUCACCAAAACUUUCACCAAAAUCUAUGUUUGAAUAACAACUCUUGUUUUAUUCACAGAUUAAAAGUCAAGUCAGCAUGAAAGCCUUUAAUCCCUUAAUGCCAUUAAAUGUCCAAUAAGAACAUCACAUAAUGUAUUAGUAAUUCCAGAUAACCAAAAUAAAGGAAAACAAACUUUAGAUUAAGGGGUGAGAUUAUUUAAAAACCCUUUUUAAAAAAUUAGUUCAAGGAUUGUUAAAUUAUUACCCAAAGGGUUUUUGGGUUUGUGUGUUAUGUGUAUUCUUUUUAAAGAGAUAGCUUAUAUCAACUUCUUUUUAGGUUAUUUUCAACAUUUUUCAAGUUUACCACAUAAAAACCCUAUUUCUGCUUUGAAAUAGGAUUUAAGGAAUUUCAGUAAUAACGUUACCAGAUUUUAUCUUUGCUGCUUUUACACAUUUUUUCUUGCUUCUUCAAAAGCAGGCAUUCAGUUACAAUACCUUACAUAUUCCUUAUGCCCUUUUUUUUAAACUGCAUUUUUCAUAUUGGGGGAGAUAACAGUAUGCUAUUCCCAUCAAUGGAACACAUGGUGUUUGCAAAUCAUAGAAGAGCCUCUAAAUUACAUCCAGAAGAUAAGAAUGCUCCGUGAAUCGCAAGUCGAACCCCACCCCACACCACCUCCUCCUUUCACUCAGCCGCUCAGCUGAACAGGUUCUGGGAGAGACAGCAUGGUUCAAACACUGAACAGCCGCUGGGGCCGAAAGAGGCAGGACACCUGGGUGAAGACUGCUGACCGUCAUGUCCAAACACAUGUCAUCAGCAUUACCCCCUCUACCUCCACAUCACACAUCCUGGCUUCUCUUGGGGGUCCACACGGAGCGGUGCCUUUGCUGCUUCCUCAGUUACAUAAUCUGACAUGUAUGUCACCUUCAGCCCGCACACCGACUUCGUUUGGAAGGCCAGUCUAAACCAGUUAGGUCUGUGGCUGCCUCUUCUUAAAGUUGUUCAUUAGGUAUAAUUUGCUUGUCACUGCACUUUAGUUUGAAAUUGAGUUUCAUGUAAGGACCAUCCUUAAUAUUCAAGAUAAUGAAAAAUGCCUCGUUAGAAUGUUAUGGAGUUUGAAAAGCAGUGACUCCAUAAAUGCAAUGACUUAUUGUCCUUACAUACUGUCUUACACCCUCAUUCUCUUGAUCUCUUUGGGUCACUACCUCUCUGCCGUCACUGGCUAAUCACCAGGUGCCAAGGACUCACUGAAUAGCAGCUAAGCAAUUAGAGUAAAUAUGGAAGGAGGAGACCUUAGGAAAAGUCCUCUACUUAGCCUAAGAAAUGGCAGAUAUACUUUUCCUCUUCCAAAAAAAAAUAAUAAUAAGGGUAUUUCACUGGAACUUCACUUAAUUUAUAACUUUUAAAAACAGUUUUUAUAGACCAUUAAUAAUAGUGUAAUUGGUCACUUAAUGUUCAGAUCUGCCCUAUUUAACUUGACAAUGAAUACUAGGAGGAGAGCAUCUUUAGGAAAAUUGACCUUUGGUUAGCAUUUUUUUAUUUGCACAUUUUUAAAGUUCAACUGAGACAUUUCCCAACUUCAUGAAAUCAGUAACUUUUAAGUAACUUAAUUAAAUAUUAAGGUUUGAAGUAGAUAUCUUUAUUUUUUAAUAUUUAAAAUUUAAUUGACACUUCUCACUAUGUGCCUUUAGCAGUUACUAAGAUAACUGACUUACCAAAUAAGUGUUGUGGGAAGAAUUUUAAGGUUUAACAUAACAUCAUGAUAGAGUUUUGUCUUUUGAAACAAGCAUUUUAAAAAUUACCUAAGAUUCAAAUACUUAUAGCUUAAAGAAUUGUGAAGUGUUAGAUGGGACCUGUUAACCAAUAGCGAUAUACGUUAUAUACACAGUAAUUGUUGCUGAUGCUGACAAGCAUACUACCUACAUGCAUUCUCCCUGCACCGUCACAGCUGCAGGUGGAAUUCUGGUAGCUGGCAAGAUUACACCCAAGGUGAAUGGACUGUUUCUCCCCUUUCUGUGGAGCAUGUCAAUAGGAGUAAUGUGUUCCUUGAUUUUCCUAUACUAAAUGUUAAGUCUUUUGUAAAAACAAAUGACAAAACUAGGAACUUGGAAAACAGAACAGGAACACUACUACCAUCAAUUCACAAAUAUUUACUUAGAGCCUGAAUGCAGUAAGAUUUUAGUAAAUAGAGCCCAUUUUUUUUGCAUAUAGUAAAUUUAAUUGUUUUUAUACACUUGACCUAGUUCUAAGGCAGCAAGGGUAUCCUAAACUGAAAUCCUUGUAUAAUGCAUACAUGACUACCUGGUUUCGAUAAUGUGACGGCAUGGGGCAGGACCCUGUAGUGUUUCUUCAGAGAAUAUUUCUCUGCAGUCAGUUUCUCAAGUUAAUUUGCUGCAUGAGCCCAACAGCCAUAACUAUUUGUACAUAUUGGUGUCAUAAUUAGAGAAUUAUGGGAUAUAGAAAAUCAGAAGUUAGUGCCAACAAAAUGACAAAUACAAGACUGUUCUUUUUUCCCUUAUUAUAAAGGUCAUUAGCCACUAAAGGUUUUUUCCUAAAGAAAUUUCUAAUCCUAAUAAAGGGGAUCAAGAAGAAGACUGAAGCUACUUUCUAAAGUAACGCUGUAUUAGAAUAAUCCAGAUUUGGAUAAUAUUUUGCCACCAACUGAUGUUUAGAUAACGCACUGCUUCUCUGAAGAGGUUCACAUCAUAUUCAGGGGUGAAUCUAACAUUGUAGAAGAAAUACUGAUAAAAAUAUUUUUCCAUUUUGAACAAGUCUGUAAACACCUUUAUAGAAAAAUGCUUGUAUUAGUCACUAAUAUUCAGCUAUGGAUAAAUAUUUGUGGAAAUAAAUACUUUUGGAUGAAUAAAGUGUGCCAAAUUUAAAAUUUUAAA